GUCUCUUCCUAGAUAUUUUAUUCUCUCUCCAAAGCCAUCUCUCUCUUAAAAACUCACCACCUUUGCUUUCUUUUCUUUCUCGUUCUCCUCUCUCUCUAUGGUUUAGGUAACCAUACACACACCACACCAAAAUUUUUUUUUUUUUUUUUUUGGUUUUUCUCUUAGGGAUCUGUUAAUUCAGUUACUUUUUCGGUUGUAAAAGUUAUUCGGUUAUUCGUGGAUCCGGGUCAAUGGAUCGGGAAGGAGGAGGAUCCAACGGUGGAUCUUCCUUCUCGUACUACUCCGUCCUCGGAAUUCGCAAAGACGCUUCCUUCUCCGAUGUCCGCUCCGCCUAUCGUAAACUCGCUCUGAAGUGGCACCCGGACAGGUGGGCACGGAACUCCGGCGCGGCGACGGCGGAGGCCAAGCGGCGAUUUCAGCAAAUCCAAGAGGCUUACUCCGUAUUAUCCGACGAGGCAAAGAGGUCAAUGUACGACGUGGGACUCUACAAUCCUCUGGAGGACGAAGACGAAGAUUUUUGUGAUUUUAUGCAAGAGAUGUUGUCCAUGAUGAACAACGUGAAGGACGAGGGGGAUAGUUUUGAGGACCUGCAGAGGAUGUUUAAGGAGAUGGUCGGUGGAGAUGGGAUGACGACGAUGAUGGGGUUUGAGGAUCCGACGGUUACGAAGAAGGCACGUGUCAGUCAAUCGAAGGGUAACGCGGCAAAGCGCAGCAAUUCUCGCUGUUAGUGCAAUGUACCGGAUCAUAAGGAUCCUAAUUCUAAAUUCGAAAUUCCAAAUUCAUCCCCCUUUCAAUUAUGUACUAAUUUAGCGUUAAGAUCUCAUUUGUGUUUGGGGAAUAUUUUAGGGGGUUUAGUUUAGGAGUGUAAUUCAAUUUACUUUGGUUGUUUUAGGAAUUUUAAUUUUAAAAAAAUCAAAGUGAAGUUGGGAUGGAACAUGUGGGUGUUUUUUUAAAAUAAAUGAAACUUUGCCUUCCAUUUUA